UCUGUAUCUUUAUAAAAUAAUUCUAGAACAUUCAGUACAAGAAAAAUUGUCAUUUUUGUUAUGUACCUACUUAUACUAAAACAUAUUUUCGUAUAAGUCUUAAAACAAGUUUUAAAUUUUUAAUUCGUCAUAAAACUUCAGGCAUCCUUCAUAAUUUAAUCGCCACUCAAUUUGUAAAAACGAUUAUGGCCUGUAAAACUGAUCAAACAGAAACUGCAAUUAAAAAAGACUGGUAUCAAUCAGAAACUCAUGUAUAUAUUACUAUACUGGGUAAACAUUCAUCGAAAGAAGAUUGCUCUAUACGAUUUGAACCAGACAGUAUAACCGUUGAAGCAAAAUUUGCUACCGGUCAACUGUACACGUUGUGCUUAAAGCUUUUUAAAAAUAUUGUACCAGAUCGUUGUAAUUAUAAAGUUUUGUCAUCAAAAUUGGAAGUAGUCCUUGCUAAAGCUGAAUCGGGAAGAUGGGACACAUUGGAAUGCGUCAAGCCCACACCCAGUGUAAGCAUUGAAAAACGCAAUUGGGACAAACUAGUCAGUGAAAUGACAAAAGACGAUGAUGAAAACGAUGUUAAUAGUUUGUUUAGAAAAAUUUAUUCUGAAGGCAGUGAUGAAGUGCGCAAAGCUAUGAACAAGUCGUUUUUAGAAUCCGGCGGCACAGUUCUCAGUACAAACUGGAAAGACGUGGCCAAAGAUAAAGUCGAUAUUAAACCUCCGGAAGGCAUGGAAUGGAAAAAAUGGGAUGAAUAACAAAUGCCAUAAAUGUUUGUCAUGUAUUUAAUAAUUUCAUUGUAAAAAUAUAUCAUUCGUCUGCCAUGACUUUUAUAUUGUACAUAGCUCCAAAUUAAAUUGUAGACAAUACCUUGUAUCCUUUUCAUGUUUAGCAAAUACAUGAUUAUCAUUACAUUUUGUUUUAUAACUGUCAUAAACUUUUCUUAAAUUAUUUAUAAUUUACAUGUCAGCUAAAUUAAUUUCACUUUUGUUAAUUUUUUUUAUGAAUUACUACAAAUAAAAAAACUAUUAUUAAAUUUUUAAACGAAAUAUAACGCAACGAUACUAAAAUA